AUGUGCAGCAGUGCCAGCGCCCUGCGCAGCCUGCGGCUGGAGCCCGAACGCCUGAAUGCGGGGCGGCAGCUGGGGUCCGGCAGCUUUGGCGAGUGCUAUCGGGGCACGUUUGUGAACGACGACGGCGAGAUGGAGGAGGUGGUGCUGAAGCGGGUGAGGGCGCGGGUGCAGGGCGCAGACGAGAUGCACGAGGCCGAGCACCUGAUCAACGUGCUGGCCAGCAGGGCGGCCGGCGAGGCGGUGGCGCCCUUCCUGGGGUACACCGUCGUGGAGCAGGCGUCUGGGCGGCUGAGCAAGGGUCUGUGGCUGGUGUGGGCCUACGAGGGCGACAAGACUCUGGCCUACUACCUCAAGCGCCGCGACCUGGAGCGCUGCCUGGCGGCCGACCUGGGGGUGGAGGAGAGCCAGGCCGUGCCCACAGCCAUGAAGCAGAUCUUCGACUGCCUGCUGGCGCUGCACAAUGUGGGCAUCGUGCACCGCGACAUCAAGCCCGCCAACAUCGUGUUUGACGAGAGUGAGCGGCGCUUCCGCCUCAUCGACCUGGGCGCCGCCGCCUGCCUGCGCACCGGCACCAACUACAAGCCCUCGGAGACGAUCCUGGACCCCUGCUACUGCCCGCCAGAGGAGUACGUGCUGCCCACCGACGCGCCGCACCUGGCCGCCACGGGCACGCGCCUGCGCACCGUCAUGACGCCUGUGCUGUGGACGCAGCACCGCCCCGACUGCUUCGACACAUACUCGGCGGGCAUUGUGCUGAUGCAGCUGAGCCUGCCCUUCCUGCGCACCACUUCCUCCCUGCGCACCUUCAACGGCGCUCUGGCCCGCUGCAACCACGACCUGGAGGAGUGGCGCGUGCGGUCUGGCCUGCCGGCGCGGCAGACGGCGAUCCUGGAUGCCAACGACGGCGCCGGCUGGGACCUGGCGGCCAGCCUGCUGCGGCCUCGCACCGUUGUGAACGACGACGACGGCGGCGUCAAGUUUGUCAACACCGGCCGCGCGCCCCGCCUGGGCGCCUCUGCCGCCCUCAAGCACCCGUUCAUCCGCAGGGCCGGCGUGCCGGCGGCGCCCGCCGCCGAGCCGCCUGCCAGCGGCUCCGGCGGGCGCGGCCGCGGCCGCGGCGGCGCCGGCAGCAGCUCCGCCGACCGCAGCGGCACGCGCGGCAGCCGCGGGCAGCGCUCGGUGGCGGCGCCCGCGGCCGCCAAGGGCGCCAGGGGCGGCGGCGGCGGCGGCGGCCUGCUGGGCAUGUGGGGCUCCCUCAAGAGCCGCUUCUUCGACCUGGAGGCUCGGGUGAUGCAGGAGGCGACGGCCACCGAGGUGCAGACGACGCGCGUGCAGCAGCUGCGGGGCGACGUGGCGGCGGGGCGCGCCUCGGCGGCCGACCUGCUGCGCGAGGAGACGGCGCUGGAGGGCAUGCAGCGCAGCCUGGCCUCCUCGGUCAAGGAGAUGAACUCUGUGUACGGCGCGGCCCGCGGCUUCCUCUCAGGCAUCCUGGGCAGCGGCGGCAGCGGCAAGGGCGGCAAGGUCUCGCGCGGCAGCGGCGGCAAGGCGGCCGCCGCCGACGCGGCGGACGCGGCGCCCGAGCGCCGCAUGCCCAAGUGGGCGGCCAAGGAGGUGCCUCUGGAGAAGGUGGACCCUGCGGCGGCCAGGCAGGCCGCCGCCGCGUCCUCCCCGCGGCGGCAGCAGGGCGAGCAGUCGGAGGAGGAGGAGGCAGCGGCGGCGGCCUCGGCGGCAGCAGAGGCGGCGGGCGCGGCCGCCGGCGCGGUGGUCAGCAGCGCCGCGUCCAGCCUCCUGCGCUUCACCGGCAGCGCCAUCACGGGGCUGGCCAGCUUUGCGGCCAGCGUGAGCGAGCAGAUGGAGCGCAACGCGGCGCAGGCGGCGGCAGAGGCGGCGGCGCAGAAGAAGGCCGCGGCAGCAUACCUGGCGGCCCUGCAGUCCCUGCAGCCGCCGCUGGACGGGUCGUCGGCGUGGGAAGAGGCGGCGGCGCGCCUGCCGCCCUCCCCGGACCACGCCCCGCUCAGCGAGCGGCGGCGGGAGCAGGUGUUCCGCGCGUAUGUGGAGGUUCUGGCCAAGGCGGAGAACGCGGCACGCACCAAGGCGCUGGCGGCGUUCCAGGCACGGCUGCCGCCUGCAGGAGCAGCAGGCGGCUGGGGACGCAGCGCCUUGCGGUGCAGCCAUGCCUCCGGCUGCUGGGCCGUGGCGGCGAUGGACGCGGCGGCGAGCCGACGCUGCGAGCUGCUGGUGGCGGCGCAGGUGGCGGCGGACAGCCGCUACGCCGACUUCCAGGCAGCGCACAGCGCCGACCCGCGCUACUCCGCCCUGGCAUCCGAGGCGGAACGGCAGGCGGCGUUUGAGGGGUUCACAGGCCAGCUGCGCGCGGCGCGGGAGGCGGCGCAGCGCAAGGAGCAGGAGGCGGCGGAGGCGGCGGCGCGGGCCGCGGCGCGCGCCGCGCAGCGCCUGGCAGAGGCCCAGGCCGCCAAGGAGCGGGCGGCCGCGCGGGCGGCGGCCAAGCUGGCGCAGGCGGAGGCGGCGGAGGCGGCGUACCGGGAGCUGCUGCAGGAGCAGGAGGGCGCCAUUGCCGGCGGCGUCACCUACGCCCAGCUGAAGGCCAUGCUGUGGACAGACCCGCGGUUUGAGGCUGUGCCCGAGCUGCGCCGCAAGGCUCUGUUUGGCGAGUAUGUGGCCAUCCUGGAGGAGGCGGGGCUGCUGACGCUGGCGGUGGACGAGGGCGACGUGGCGGCCACGGUGGCGGGCCUGCAGCAGCUGGUGGAGGCGGAGGAGGGGGCCAGCCAGGAGCAGGUGGAGUUCCUGCGGCGGGAGCAGGCGCGGCUCAAGGAGGAGUAUGCCAGGAUGGAGGCCAAGCUGCGCAGCAUGGAGUCCCGGCUGCAGCUGGGCGCCAGCGCGGUGGCGGAGCUGCAGCACGCGGAGCAGGACCCGGACGGUACCGUGAACUUCCACUUUGGAGACAGCCUGCCCUCCGCGGCAGAGCUGCAGAAGUCGGUGGCCGUCAACGGCAGCAACCUGGCCAAGAAGUGA